AGAGGAUCAAUUUAUUUUGAGAUUUCAUCUCUGAAAUAUAAACUUCAAAGUUUAUCAAAAUGUUAUAUCUUCGAAGACUUUUGGCAAUCGCAUUAAUCGUUUUGUCAAUUUCAACGUUGUCAAAAUGUAGUGAAGUAGGUCCUUCCGGUGCGGGCUCAUCAGCUCAUGCCGAAGAUGUGGAUAAUUUGACAGAGCAAUUCAACAGAAUGAGAAACCGAAGGGAACAGCAGGAAAGAGAUGCAAUAGUUCGUGGAACAAAUGAACUAGUCUUAGAGAUGAUGCGCAAUUCGGACGGAGAAGAUAGAGCAGAACUCAUUCGAGCUGUGAAGAAAGAUUGGAAACAUAUUACACCCCGCUCAUUUAGAGAUCAAAUCCAGGCUGCGGUGGGCUUAGAUAGUAAAGGAAAUGUGAAGAAGAAGAAGAAGUAAUCUGAUGAAGCAGACCAAGUAUACUCCCCGUAUAAAUCCAAUAAUCCAAUAAUACAACCUGAUGUAUUUGGAAAUUAUCAAUUUGUCAUUUUAAUUUGAAAAAUGUUACAAUUCUGCAAAAUGAAAUAAAUAACUAUCUUACAUGCGUAAGAUGAAAUACUAACAAGAUGAAAA